AUGGACGUAUCCCAAUCCCUCAAAGAAGCCUGCGCGCACCCAGACUCACUUUUCGCACGCUCAGAAGAAGACCUCAUAAACCUGGUCUACAAAGAGUUCCCACAAGACAUCGACCGUCUCAAGCGCGCGUACUCAAUCCGAGACGGACCCUGGACCCCACCAAGCACCCCAUCACCAUCCUACAUCAUAUACAAAGAAAACUACGACGAAGUCAACCGAACACUAGUAGGAUUCCUAGCCCUUCGCUGGAUCCACACAGACCAAUAUGAGACCUUUAUCGGCACCCAGUCCCCAGCGCCACAAUUAACGAGGGAAUCCUUCGAUUGGAUCCGGCAAUUCUACGCGCAGGUCAUCACGGACGCAAACACACUAUAUACCCUGAUCUAUUCCAUCAUCAUCAACGACCUAGGCAAAGAUCCCCAACUGGCCAUUGAUUACCAUACACAUACAGGGGAAGAUAUCUCCGCCCUCAACCACGAUGCCAUCCUCCUGCAAGCCUGCAAGCACGGUCUAAUCUAUUCACUGGAUACCCUCCCAGCCCAGGACAGAGAAGAUGUAUUCAAAGCAAUACAACUAGGCGCAACCUUCAACUUUGGCCAACUGGCCCAAGCAGAAAACGCCCCCGCCUGCCUGACGGCCCUGCUAGAAAUGAAGAGCUCCAAACGCAGUUUCCAAAUCCGCUUUAUGGAGCAGAUACUCGAUAUAGCUGGUGCAGCGGGGCACAUGGAUUGGACAUGCGCGAAGAAACUCAUCCAGCCUAUUUUCGAGGGAUAUCGCCAUGUUUAUGAAGUAUACGAGGGUGUCACUACUGGGACGUUGACUCUCCGCAGCGGGUAUAACUGGAUAUUGAUUCGGAGAGCGGAGUUCCUCUGCUUAGCGGAAGGUGUUCGGGCAUUCAAUGUUGAGUGGGAUCCCAGGGAUCGGGCUUUGAUGCGGUUAUUUUGUCUGGGUAACGUUACUACGCGCGACAAGGCGCUUUUGUACGAGGCUGCUUGGGAUGCUUUGGAUGAGGGGACCCGGGGGAAGUUGGAAAGGGCUCUUAAUGUUGAUGGGGUUAAGGGCGAGCCUGCUGUUCAGCCGACGUAUAUGCCCGCUUUACUUGGGCGUGUGUAUGGUAAGGAUGCAUUGGUGUGUGCGUUUCGGUUUCUUUGUCGCGUUAUGAGUGCGACGAAUAUAGGGGAUCCUGAGGUGGUGGUUAUUGAACGAAGUGUGUAUAAGGUGUUGAAGGAAGUUGUUGAGAGUGAGGCGUUUCAGAAUGAUCCGACUAUUCUGGAGGGUGUUGAUGUGCCUGAGGGUGUCGUUGUACUGUAA